AUGUCAGCAUAGAGCAGCAAUCCGGGCGUGAGCCGGAUUUCGUUGGAGAGGCCUAUUUCCAUGACCUGCGCUAUAUCCAUGCCCAGGAGAGUCUGGAAGGUAACUACGUGAUUGUCUACAGCCCACCGGACCCACGGGGGGCUUUGAGACCUACAAUCCAAGUUUCACAACAAAAAGAAUUGGCAUGUUCUCGCUGGGACCGGCAACACCACCAGAUAAUGGGAGGAGACAGACUUACAAAUACAAUGGAGACUGGGCUGAAGGAGAAUUAUAUUUCAACGGCUGCUUGUGCCUCUUCAGGGUACAGCAGAGAAUCUCCCAAGAUGGAACCACGGUUGCCUGUACCGUACAACUUCGAAAGCCUGUCGACGAGUACCACUCUGGCAUGCUAGAAAAAGUUCUCAAGUUUGGCACAAGGAAAACUGGUUCAAGGAUACGAUUUGGCAUAAUACACCUCAGAUCAAUCGAAGAACAGGGGAAAUGGCCAAUCUCCCUUGGUUUCGAGUUCAUCGCUAUGAAUUUGGCUACGUGGGAGCUUGCUACCAGUGAACAAACUCUCCAGCGCGUUGUUGGUAUCAAAAUCCCAGCUAAGAAUGACGUUGCGUCCGGAUUUCUGCUCAAUCAAGUACUUCGCUGGCCUGCCGAUAUGUCAUACCUAGUUCACGAACCAAGGCAUCUACUAGCACACAUGGCUCCACGAGACCGACAGGCUAUGGGGGAGAAUGAUGGAUCAUCUGGACGGGGUGCAAAGACUUGGGCAGAGAAGUUCGAAGCUUCUAGCGCUAUUUUCAGCACGAGAAGAGAUGAAACAACUCGCCAUUGGGGUAAAUGAAAACUCAAAUAUGCUGGAAGGGUUGGCAACAAAGGGUUUGAUCUCGAGGAUGAGAACUCGAUGACGUGUCAUAUAAGUCUAUGAUCAUUUUUAGAAACUG